AUGGAUGAUCAAUUAGAGGAGAUGAUUCGUGAUGUGGGUCCAAAAUCAUUCAAGCGAGCACAUAUGUAUGGAUCUUUGUGUAGUGAUUCGGAGAAGCCGUUGUAUCCAAAUUGCACGAAAUUUACAAGAUUGUUAGCGAUAUUGAGAUUGUUCAAUCUGAAGGCAAGAAAUGGGUGGAGUGAUAAAAGCUUCACAGAAUUGUUAGAACUAUUGAAAGAAAUGCUUUCGAAGGGUAAUACAUUGCCUAGUCGUAACUACGAGGCAAAAAAGGUGUUGUGUCCUAUGGGUUUGGAGUAUAAGAAGAUACAUGGGUGCCCAAAUGACUCUAAGGUUUUAUGGUAUUUACCAAUUGUUUUCAGAUUAAAACGUCUGUUUGCUAAUGCGGAUAACGCAAAGCUAAUGAGAUGGCAUGAAGAUGAGAGGAAGUGUGAUGGACAACUUAGGCAUCCAACAGAUUGCUUACAAUGGAAAACAAUUGAUUCUAUGUUUCCACAUUUUAGCAAGGAACCAAGAAAUGUUAGGCUUGGACUAGCUACGGAUGGAAUGAAUCCGUUUGGUAAUUUAAGCACUAAGCAUAGUUCAUGGCCUGUUUUGUUGGUAAUUUACAAUUUACCUCCUUGGUUGUGUAUGAAGCGCAAAUAUGUGAUAUUAUCUAUGAUGAUUUCUGGUCCACGGCAGCCCGGAAACGACAUUGAUGUCUAUUUAACUCCAUUGGUUGAAGACUUGAAGAUGUUAUGGGAGAAGGGAAUUGAUGUGUACGAUGGGUAUUCAUGUGAAUCAUUCAAGUUACAUGCCACGUUAUUUUUCACAAUCAAUGAUUUUUCAGCAUAUGGAAACUUGUGCAGAUUUCUUCAACCUAACCAUCCAUAUCGAAGGUUAAAGAAAGCUUUUAAUGGAUGUCAAGAAUAUGGCAUAGCACCUACUGCAUUAACCGGUGAGCAAGUUUAUGACCGGGUAAAGAAUUUAAAUGUGGUACUUGGAAAGUCGAAAAAACAACUCAAAGAAAAAAACAUAUGGAAGAAAAGGUCGAUAUUCUUUUAUCUUCCUUAUUGGAAAGUUCUUGAUGUUAGACAUUGCAUUGAUGUCAUGCAUGUUGAGAAAAAUGUAUGUGAUAGUGUAAUUGGCACACUUCUCAAUUUAAAAGGUAAGACAAAAGAUGGACUCAAAUCUCGUCUAGAUUUGCAACUCAUGGGAAUACGAGAACAAUUGUAUCCCCAACCUAUGGGUAAGCGAACAUAUUUGUCCCCUGCAUGUCACACAUUGUCAAAAAAGGUGAAAACAAGUUUUUGUCAGUCCUUACGUGGUGUCAAAGUGUCGUACGGUUACUCUUCCAAUGUAAAAAGUUUAGUAUCAAUGAAAGAUUUGAAAUUAGUUGGCUUGAAGUCUCAUGAUUGCCAUGUACUAAUGCAACAAUUUCUUCCUAUCGCUAUACGUGAUGUUUUACCUAAAAAUGUGAGACAAGUCAUAAUCAGACUUUGUCUAUUUUUCAAUGGCAUUUGUAGUAAAGUAAUUAAUCCUCAGAAGUUGGAUGAUUUGGAAAAUGAAGCUGUUUUAAUAUUGUGUUAA